AUGUUGACUUCUUGGGUUUCUCAGAGAGCAAAGGUUAAUUGGCUGAAGAAUGGGGAGGAGGAUUUGAAAUUUCUUUUUGCAAAAAUUAGAAGCAGAAGGUAUAAAUUGCAAACUGUAGUGAACUUAUCUCUCUCCAACUCUUCUCUGGAGGGAAUUCAAGGUAUUAUUCAUCAUUUUCAGGAUCUUUAUAACCCUACUUUGAUUUCUCCGGAGAGCUGUGGUUUUUUUCCUACUGGAUCCUGGCCAGAUGGUUUUAACUUUCAUUUUUAUAAGACUGGGUGGUUGAUUAUUGGCCCUCUCCUCACUAAAGCAGUGAGCUCCUUCUUUACUAGUGGUUAUAUGCCUACUGGGGUGAAAUCCACUGCUCUUGCUCUUAUUCCUAAGCAUAAGCAUGCUGCUGGCCGAAUUGCUCCCAUCAUGCCUAUUAUCAUUAGCAAAAAUCAAGCUGGUUUUAUUAAAACAAGAGUCUCUACUGAUAACAUUUUAUUAGCCAAAGAGAUUUUAGCAUCCUGUUUUAGAAAUGGCAAAAAGCUUUUUUGUGCUAAGAUUGACAUUCGUAAGGCUUUUGAUACUGUUUCAAGAGAGUUUCUUAUUGCAAGGAUGAUGCAGAAAGGUUUUCCCCUCAGGCUGGUAAAUUGGAUUAAGACUUGUAUUUAUGAUGUUAAUUUCUCUGUCAUUAUCAAGGGGGCACUUGAGGGGUAUUUUCCUUCCUCGGUAGGUUUGAGGCAAGGCUGCCCCCUCAGUCCCCUUUUAUUUUGCAUUGUCAUGGAUGCUCUGUCAUCUUCUUUGGAUGCUGGAGGUUUCAAGGGGUAUACUCAUGGUGAUUUUAACAUUACUCACCUGUUGUACGCUGAUGAUGUUAUAAUUUUUGGUGAAGCCAACGUUAGGAAUGCUUUCAUGCUUUCUGAUAUUCUAAAGGCAUUUUCCCACUCAACCGGUUUGCACAUUAAUUUGGAUAAAUGUAGCAUAAUGUUUACCAAGAAUGUUAGUAGUCAGAAAGAAAUUUGUGAUGCUCUCUCUAUCUCCAACAUUUGCUCUAAGAUAACUUACCUGGGAAUUCCUCUUUCUUUUUGCACUCUGAAGGUGUCUGACUUUCUGCCUUUAAUGGAUUCCAUCUGUUAUAAGAUGUCGGGUUGGAAGGCUAACCUUCUCUCCUUUGCUGGAAGGUUACAGUUUUUAAAAUUUACGAUUCUGAAUUCUAUUGCAUACUGGAUAAGAGGAUCAAUUAUACCUAAAACUCUUAUUAAGUUUCUGAACAAAUACUCCUCAAAAUUUUUGUUAUUUGGAGAACCGGUUGGUAGCAAAAAGAUGCACAUGAUUUCUUGGGGGAAUAUCUGUAAAUCAUUGUCUUGUGGGGGUUUAGGUAUUCCCUCAUUUAACGCUAUCAUGUUUUCCUUUAACUGUGCUGUUAUUUCGAGAAUGUAUAAUACUUGCUCUAACUUGUCUAUUUGGCUGAGAAGAAAAUACAUCUCCCCUUGGAGACCUCCCUCCUCUCAAGACUCUAAGUUUUGGAAAAGUAUCUGUAAGACGGCUGUUAUUGCAAAACAUUUUUUCAAAUUUAGGAUUCAUGACUUGGCUCCAAUUUCUAUCUAUUGGGACCAUUGGGUUAAUGGCUCCACCUUGUCUGACAUUAAUCAUGGGGAAACUUUACUAAAUGCUGUGAAUUGGGAUGCUAAUAUAAGUUCUAUCAUUUCUGGGAGCUCCUGGGAUCUUCCUAGGAAUUUACACACCUCUAUAUUGGACAUUGUAUCAGCAUUAAGUAUCAGUAUAAAUUCUGAUAUAUGUCUUCUUUGGGAUUAUGUUGACUCUGGAUCUUUUAGAGCUUACAUGGAUGGUUAUUAUCAGCAGGAAACCACCCGUGCUUGGGCACAUCUGAUAUGGCAUAAUAAGUGUGCAUUGAGAUACUCUGUUUUCUCUUGGUUGGCUGUGAUGGGAGGGCUAAAAACCGCUGACGCGUUAAUUAAAAGGAAUAUUUGUGUUCCAUCCACUUGUGGGUUAUGUCAUUGUUUUCCUGAAUCUACUUCCCACCUGUUUUUUGAAUGCUCUUACUCAUACGCUGUUAUCACCCGUCUUCUGCCUUUAUCUAAUGGCUUGUUGAUCAGACCGUCACUGCUGCACUUACUGGAAUGGAUUGGUGAAUAUUACUCUUCUAAUGGUCAGCUAAAAGAAUUUUAUCUGCUUAUUUCUAAUGCCUGCACCUACUUUAUUUGGAAAGAACGUAACAAUAGGAGAUUUGGGAAUGUUAGCAACAGCUCCAUUACUACUGCUCUUCUUAUUAACAAAGCGAUUCAUGUGAAAAUUAAAAAAAUGGAAGAAUUACUACAGACUGCUGGAAUUUCUCUAAUUAUGGGCAAUUCGGAUCUUGCUAUAUGUGUUAAUAUCAGUUGCUGGGGGCAUGCUUAUUGCCUGCGGGUAUUUUUGGCCUUAGACAAUGAUGUACCCAUUUCUCUUGAUCUUUUGCUUAUUCGAAAUUUUCAGGUAUCUGACGCUGUUGAUCGCAGCUUAUUGAGCUGGCACUGCAACUCGCCUGCGCAAGCUUCUAACAACUGUAAAUGCGACGGAGGCGGCGGUCCCGGCGACCAUUUAUCCUGCUCAGAUAGUGAUAAUGGAGUUGAAGAUGAAGAAGGGAUGCCCCUCCUGGGAGCUUCGAAGCCUGCUUUCUUAUGCUCAUUACCAGCAGAUCAGCAUUCAAAUCAGCGAAGCAGAGAAGAUGGUUUCCGGCUUUCCGCUGCGCUUCUUUAUUUUUUCCAGCUAUACUUAAGAUUGCUUGGGAAAAGUGUGGAAGAUGGGAAUUUAUGUGCGGUCGCUGUGAUGAUCUUGGAGUUUUGCAGAUCUACCGAGAUCGUCCGAGCGUGGGAGCAGGAAUGGAGAUUGACCGAGACUGUCAGUUCGAAUUCUUUCACUAUGAAUGCCUGGGGCGUCACAUUACUGUUCAUCUUCCUCUUUGCUCUGCUUGUGUUAUCAGCUAGGUUGCAGGUUGUGUUUCAUCUUGGUAUCGGAGCCUGA